UACUUUAAGUGGCUUGUUGGUACGAAUUUAGUUCAGUGCCAGCUGAACGCUUGAACUGGCGAAAAUGCGUUUAUUUAUAUUCUUUUUGGCGCUUUUUGUGGCCCAGUGUCAUGGUCGAUCCAGUAUGACCCAGAGUUUGGAUGGUACCUGGGUUGGUAAGGAGACUGAAUAUUGGUAUGAAUUUCCUGUGACUGUGCCAGGAGGUGUAUACACCGACCUUAUGAAUGUCGGUAUUUUUGAGGACGUUUUUUACGGAUACAAUGAUAACUCUUCCAGGUGGGCUGGACAGAUAAACUGGACAUACGCUCUUAACUUUACUGUUGACGAAGGUCUUCUUGAUAGAGAUCACGUAAACAUCGUAUUUGAAGGAGUAGACACUUUUGCCACUAUAGUCAUUAAUAAUGUCACAGUUGGAGAAACUAGUAACAUGUUUGUUAGAUAUGUAUUUGAUGUUAAACCAAUUCUAAAGGCGGAAGGAAACAAUACCAUCAAAGUGUUCUUCCAAAGCCCUAUAGAGAGAGCGUUAAACCUCAAUAAUAAGCAACUUGAAAAAUACGUCAUCCCGUGGCAAUGUCCUCCAGAUGAAUAUAGGGGCGAAUGUCAUAUUAACAUGAUCAGAAAAAUGCAGGCUUCAUUUUCUUGGGACUGGGGACCAGCGUUUCCUUCCAUGGGAUUAUGGAAACCAGUAUUUCUAGAGGCAUAUGAUGAGACUCGCAUUCGUCAUAUUGUGACAAGAGUAAGCAACUCUGAAGAUGGCGAGAGCUGGGUGGUUUCUGUCGACACCUACUUUGCGUUAAAUGAAAAGAAACGCGUGGAAGGAUCUCUUAACGUAAAAAUUAACAUAGAUUUUGAAAGCAUAUCCAAAAACGUAGAAGUAAAUGAGACCGUCAAUACGAAUGGAGAACUUGUAAAAUCGGCCUCUUUAGUAGUUAAGAAACAAUUGGUGCAUUUAUGGUGGCCUAAUGGUUACGGAAGUCAACCACUGUACGAAGUUGAGGUGACUUUUGCUAGUGCCCAAGCUAGCGAUGACGUUUUGAGCAAAAAAGUGAAAAUUGGAUUCAGAACUGUUGAAUUGGUGCAAGAGACCCUGGAUACUGGAGCAACGUUUUACUUUAAAAUAAACGGAGAACCAAUUUUUGCCAAGGGAUCUAAUGAAAUUCCAAUUAAUGUUUUACCAGAAUUGGGGCAAGAUCGUCAAACAAUCAGACAUCUUCUUCAAAGUGCUAAGGAUGUUAAUAUGAAUAUGUUACGUGUUUGGGGAGGAGGGGUUUAUGAAUCGGACUAUUUCUACGAAGUAGCUGAUCAGCUAGGAAUUAUGAUCUGGCAAGACUUUAUGUUUGCAUGUUCCUUAUAUCCUGCUACUGAAGAAUUCUUAUCCAAUGUGGUCGAAGAGGUUAAUCAUAAUGUAAAAAGACUUUUGCACCAUCCUAGUGUAGUUGUAUACUCAGGUAAUAACGAAAACGAAGGUGUUUUGGCUGAUAACUGGUAUGGUACACAGGACAAUUACGAUCAAUACAAGAAAGACUAUGUAGCUUUAUAUAUUACCACUGUGCGUUCAGAAUUGGAUAGAAUUUCGGGAGGACAAGCUGUUUUUAUUAGUUCAAGUCCUACAAAUGGAAAUCUAACUGAAAAGGAAGGUUGGGUCGGCUCAAGUCCUGGAAAUCAAUAUUGGGGAGAUGUUCACUUUUACAACUACAUUCUGGAUCCGUGGGAUUCGAGCACCUAUCCGAUCCCAAGAUUCUGUUCUGAGUACGGAUAUCAAUCGUUACCAUUUGAAGAUGCUUGGAUGACUGCUACCAAUAACGUUUCCGAUCUACAAAUCAACAGUAAAUUUAUGGACUGGCGUCAACAUCAUCCCGAGGGAAAUGGAGAGAUGGCUCUGUUAAUUGCUGAAAACUUGGCGAUGCCCGACUCGAGUAGCGCAAAUUAUACCAGCGCAUUUAUUUAUCUUUCAGAGGUGUAUACUGCUCAAGCAAUUAAAGUUGAAACUGAACAUUAUAGAAGAUAUAGAAGUUAUUUGACAGAUGAUGGCAGAGGAAAAACAAUGGGAGCCCUCUACUGGCAACUUAAUGAUGUUUGGGUUGCUCCCACUUGGUCUAGCAUAGAUUACACCGGUCGAUGGAAAAUGCUCCAUUACUUUGCCAAAGACUUUUUUUCCCACGUCAUAGUCACUGGACACAUUAAUGGUGCUAGGGAACUUCAGAUAUACACUGUAAACGACAAUUUAUCACCAGUAGAGGAUGUCAGCGUUUUGGUGAGACUGUAUAAGUACAACAGCCCAGAUUUUAGGCCAGUUUAUGAAAAUCGUAUAAGUUUAAAUUUGGAGGCAGGAUCAUCCCAGCUAAUUCAGACUAUUCAGACUGACACUUUUUUGGCUGAACAAAAUUGUGACAAGAAUAGUUGUUUUUUCCAUUACGUUAUUCAUAAAAAUGCCUCGCUGACGGACACCGUUGCUAUCAGUCCAGAAAAUUACGUGUUUCCAGGCAAACUUAAAAACUCCGACUUAGCUCUCGCGAAUGUCCAGAUAUCUGAUGUGAAGAAAUCCGGCACUAAGACUUUCGUUGUAACAGUAACGACUGAUAAUAUCGCUCUAUUUGUGUGGUUGGAUUCACAUAAUGUAAGAGGCACAUUUUCAGAAAAUGGAUUUUUGCUAACCCAGUCGAACAGAACUGUGACAUUUAAAAGCAAUGAUGACGUCACAUUGGAAGCUCUUAAAAACGCUCUUAGUGUUACGCACUUAAAGGAUCCUAAAUAUGCUUAAUUGCUCUAUUCUUAAUAAUCAUCGUGUCGGUUAUAGUCAUGUUUUGUUUAUAUUGUUAAUUCAGAGGCUAUAAUAUUUUUAUCUAAAUAAAUAUAAAAAAAUUGAA